GCCCAAAGCUUGAUUAGAAUAGUCUAAGCAUUGUUUUUCCCCUUUAUUCUCUUCCCUUUUGUCAGGUUGCUCUCAAAUCAAGUGGUGAUGAGGAAUUCCCGGAGGAAUUCAUGGGUUCCCAUCACAUCUAUGCCUUUGAUAUUUCAGCCUUUUUAACUUUAUUGUUUUCCUCUUCUCUUGUGCUUCUUCUUCAUUCCUUUGUCUUGUAAGGGAGGUUGCUAGUUGGAAGGUUUUUGAAGCUUGGUUUUCAGCUGGGCUAUCUUUUCAACACUCUCUUUUCCGGCCAUCAUAGUCUACUUGGUUCACGCUUUGUGGAUCUACGGCCGUUUGUCUGUGCACCGGGUCCGGCGAGCCGGGUUCGGGGCGUGACAUAUCCCAUCCCUCCAUGCUGUAAGAAUUAAGAAAAACAUAUAUGGCAACAAAACCAGGCUACCUAACUCAGUGGCCCUGGCAAAGCCUUGGCAACUUCAAGUACUUGCUGUUAGCUCCAUGGGUGGUGGAUGGAGCUCACAAGGCCAUGAGAGAGGGAUGGAAUGUAGACUUAACGUAUCUAGCCAUCCUCCCCCUUCUUCUCUCCAGAGUGCUUCACAACCUGGUCUGGAUCUCCAUAUCCCGCUUCCAGAAUGCCGGAGCAAACACAGGAUAUAUCCUUGAUAGAAGCCUUGACUUCGACCAAGUUGACCGUGAGAGAAACUGGGAUGACCAGAUCCUGUUCAAUGGUCUUUUCUUCUACGUGGCCCACAUGUUGAUCACGGAUGCUACCUACCUUCCGAUAUGGAGAAUGGACGGUUGGAUCAUCAUCAUGCUUCUCCAUGCGGGCCCUGUGGAGUUCCUCUACUACUGGUUCCACAGAGCUCUUCACCAUCACUUCCUCUACUCUCUCUAUCACUCUCACCACCAUGCUUCUAUUGUCACUGAGCCCAUCAGUUCCGUGAUUCAUCCAUUUGCAGAGCUUAUAGUGUGCUACUUUCUCUUCUCUAUUCCACUGCAAAUCUCCAUCUUCACCAAAACAAACUCCAUUCUUGCUCUUUUUUUCUAUGUAACUUACAUUGACUUCAUGAACAACAUGGGACAUUGUAACUUUGAGCUUGUCCCUAACUGGUUCUUCAACGUUUUCCCGCCUCUCAAGUAUCUCAUGUACACUCCCUCGUAUCACUCUCUUCAUCAUACUCAGUUUAGAACAAAUUACUGUCUGUUCAUGCCUUUUUAUGACUACAUUUACAACACCAUGGACAAGUCUUCUGAUUGUUUGUAUGAGACUUCCCGCAAAGGAAAAGAAGAAAAAUGUGAUGUCGUUCAUCUAACUCAUCCUACAACCUUGCAAUCUAUUUACCAUCUUCGUUUCGGUUUCCCUUCCUUGUCUUCAAAACCAUAUGAUUCCAAGUGGUACAUGCUGUUGCUUUGGCCAUUGUCGCUCAUAUCAAUGGCAUUUACAUGGAUCUAUGGUUCUUGUUUUACUGUUGAGAGAAACAAACUGAAGAAACUAAUAAUGCAGACGUGGGCAAUACCCAGAUAUUCUUUCCAAUAUGAAUUAUCUUGGGAGAAAAAUGCAAUCAAUGAUCUGAUUGAGAAGGCUGUUCUUGAGGCAGAUUGCAGAGGAAUUAGAGUUUUGAGCCUAGGAAUGUUAAACAAGGGCAGAAAAAUCAAUGGAUACGGUGAGUUGUAUCCAGGGACGGAACCAAGGGGGGGCUAGCAGGGGCUUCAGCCCCCCCCCUUGGCACCGGAGAUAUUCUUUGUUUGGCCGGAAAAUACAGAAUCAGCCCCCCUCGGCCCGGCCAGCAGCUCAAUUAAACUUUGUAGUAGCUCACUCACAGUUUGUAUUCACACAAUUAAUCUGAAAAAUGUAUAUAAAAUAUAC